UCCAGCUGGUGAGCCUGCUGCUGAUUGGAAUUGCGGCAUGGGGAAUUGGCUUUGGCCUCAUCUCUAGUUUCAGAGUUGUUGGAGUGGUAAUUGCAGUAGGAAUCUUCCUGUUCCUUAUUGCAUUAGUUGGAUUGAUUGGUGCAGUGAAACAUCAUCAAGUAUUGCUGUUCUUUUAUAUGAUUAUUCUUCUGCUAGUCUUUAUUGUCCAGUUCUCUGUCUCCUGUGCCUGUUUGGCACUAAAUAAGAAACAGCAGAGUCAACUUCUAGAGGUGGGAUGGAAUAACACUAACAGCGCGAGAACAGAUAUUGAGAGAAAUCUGAAUUGUUGUGGAUUCAGAGUUUUUCGUCCAAAUGAAACCUGCUUCUCUGAUUGUUUUAGAAGUCGCCAGUGUCAACCAUGUGCACCAAUAAUAGAAGAAUAUUCUGGAAAGGUGCUGACAUUUGUUGGAGGCAUAGGACUGUUCUUCAGUUUCACAGAGAUUCUGGGAGUAUGGCUGACUCAUAGAUACAGGAACCAAAAGGAUCCCCGUGCAAACCCUAGUGCAUUUCUUUAAUGAGUAAUAAAAGACUGAAUCUUCUGCACUCUCUACUUCAAAACAGUGAUUCUCUGUAGUUUGGUAUUUCUCCAUAAUAGGGAUUUUACAUGUAGCCAAAAGAAAACUUUAUUUCCAUAAAAAAAUUGUAGUUUUCAUAUUUAAUUUCCCAGUAUUUUUCUUCUAAGAAUCUGCGUCUUGAAGUAGUCUGAUGCGUUCAGUAGCUGGGCAGAGUCAAACUGCUUCUCUGAGCUGGUUGAAUAACUCUGUUAAGACUUCGCUAAGUGAUGUGGUGACCGCUGUACCACGAGUUUUAUAGCGCUAACUGGGUCCUCUGGUGUCCAAAACAACCCAAAAGUAUUUUCUGCUGUAUUCAUUGAUUACAAAAAUUCACAUGAUUUCUCAUUAAAAUG